AUGGGUCGGUCGCGAUGGAACCUUACUCCAUGGCUCAUUCUGAGCUGCUCCAUCGCACCUGUCUGGGCGGCCAAGAAGCCCUUCAAUAUCAAUGAUGAUUUGCUGGCAUAUCCGCAGUGUCCUUGGCUCUUCUUGUCAACUAGCUCACACACCGAGUACCUUUUACAGUAUCAACUGCUCUUCCCCGAUGAAUACAUCCUAGAAGCACAAGCCGACGAACUCCUCCAUGCCCAAACAACAUCUGAGUCGCCUGAGACGCCCAACGGUCCGCGCAAGGACCCUCAAAUCUACACCGACAAUGGCCAUAACGACCAAUCUCAUUCGCCCCAUCAGGGAGAAGUGCCGCCUCCAGCAUUUACCUAUGAAGAGAUGGUCAUGGGUCAUCGGCGUCUCCUCUGCCAGAUUCCACGGGUGCCCGCGGACGAAACCAACGUCACUGCGGGUCGCACCUCGCAAGAGACCGAUGAGAAGAAUGAACUCGCUCGCGCUACCGAUCGAGGGCUGGAACUGCUCAAGGAACUCGAGGGAAAGUGCAUGUACUAUUUCUCCGGGUGGUGGUCGUAUUCGUUCUGCUAUCGAAACCAAAUCAAGCAGUUCCAUGCUCGACCCGCUGGGGGCGGUGUGCCCAGCUAUCCUCCCGUGGAGGAUCCGAGCACUCACUCGUUCAUCCUGGGUCGUUUCCAAGACGACACUAGCAAGGACAAGGAGAACCAACAGGCCUCCACGGACGUGGCGGAGUUGCGUACCAAGGGCGGCUCGAGGUACUUGGUGCAGCACCUGCGUGGCGGGACGAAAUGUGACCUGACGGGUCGUGAUCGCAAGAUCGAGGUCCAGUUCCACUGCCACCCGCAGUCCACGGAUCAGAUCGGAUGGAUCAAAGAGCUGACCACCUGUUCGUAUUUGAUGGUGAUCUAUACGCCGCGUCUGUGCGACGAUGUGGCUUUCCUCCCGCCGCAGCAGGAUGAAGUGCACCCCAUUGAGUGUCGCGAGAUUCUCCACCCUGAACAAGUCUCUGAGUGGGAGGCCGGCAAGCAGUGGUACGCGACGCAUCAAUUGGCCGAUGCCGCCGCCGCUCACGACGAAGUGCAGACGGUUGGUGGCAUCGUGGUUGGUGGACAGCAACUGGUUGGCAUGGAAGGGAAAAAAAUUGAAAAGGGGCGAGUGGCCUCCUUUGACGAGGAGACGGUGGAAGUGAUUCUCAAGCGGGAGAAUGGCGAAAUUCAACGCCCCUCGAAACAAGUGAUCAAGAAAUACAACCUUGACCCCGACUCGAUUGAGGAUAUGAAGAAGCGACUGGAAACCCUGGCCGAGGGCAAAGAUUGGACUUUGGAGGUGGUCGAGAGCAACGGCAUGCUCAAAUUUCAGGGAGCCAUUGCCAAUGAUGAUGAGGAGGAGGAGGAGGAGGAUGAGGAUGAGAAAGAAGAAUAUGAGGAGAGGGCGGCACCGUUGAAGACUGGCCAGUCCGGUUCCUCUCGAUCCGGAAAAUCCUCAAAACCGCCGCAAUAUGGCGAUGAACAUCCCGAUGCUGUCAUUUUGGGAGAUACAGCCGACGAAGGAAUUUUUGAGGAAGCAUCCAAGCGUGGUCGAUCCUCAUCGGGGACUGGCAAGGACUCCAAGUCCAAAGGAAAGUCGCAGCAGCAAGUUCCCCCGGCAGAGGAAGGGAAUGAUGACGAUGGCGUUGGCAGUGAAGAGACCUUUAAAGAUGAGCUAUAG